GCCGCUCACGGCACGAUGCCGCCAUUUUGUUUUAAAAAAAAUAAAGAAUUUGUUGUCCUAUAGACUGUACACAAGCUUAUAAUGGUCAUACCACACACCGUUCGAAAGCUGAGAACGUCAGCUUUCAUAUGAACCCAUCCUCAAAGAUCAACACUCUCCACACAGCUAACAGUGGGCUAAUCUUCUCUGUGUGUGAUGUCAUCAAAAUUGCAACCGAAAACGGGGUGUACUUACCUUUGAAAAUUUCUCAAUAUUCCCAACGAAUGUUUUAUGGUCCAAGAUUUCUUCUCUGAGUCAUCCAGUGUCCACAAUGUUGGAAUAUCCAGGCCAUUUACUUCAAAUCCUUGUGUUUUUGUGAUAAUCCCAAUGUUUCCUGGCUUCCUGCAUACGUUGUGUAAUUGUAUUUCUUCACUACAAGCGUCUUUGAAGACGAAGGAAUCCACUCCACCGCACGAAAUGCGCAAAACAGUGCCUGAAUGAUGUUCUCGAAGGUCUUAGCUUUUGAUUGACACCACCCACGAGCCAAUCGGAUCCUCCUAUGGAAAGUUACAGGCGAUUGAAGACCAAUAGGGCACUGCUAUUCAAAUCUGACCUCCCGUCUUUACCUCGCCAUUGGCGUAGGACAGUGAGAGUUUCGGGUUUCAUGAGUCACUGAAUAUUAUAGUUGAGAUUCAUAGCUUUCAAACGAGCUAUCACUCGACUGCCUUGGACUUACAGAGAACCACCCACUUGCUGUUUUCGAUGUUUGCGUAAUUGCUCGCGUAAACAGCAAGCUGUAGAGUUUUGAGAGGACGCACCGUUACGCGAGAGAACAGUAGACUUUACACAGACUUCGGAAGACAGCACGGGACAUACAGUUUGCGUACAGUCUUACAGACAGUCUACUGCGUGCAAAAUGUCUGGUAAGAAGGCAACGAGCAAGAAGAAGAAUGUUGCUGGCCCAACUAAGAUGACUGCUCAACAGGCAGCCGAAUGGAUUUUACAAUCCAGCGACGAAGAGUCCGACGCAGGGAGCAUGUCAUCGGUUGACUCUGUGGCAUUUUUGGAAGGACUCGAUCCAGCCUUGGAGAUAUCCUCUGAUGCAGACUGGCUCCCUGAACAGGAGGAGGAGGAGGGGGAGGAGGAGGAGAGCCAGGUGGAGAAAGAGGGGCAGAGAGUUGGUGAGGAGGAAGGAGACGAUCAACCAUCAGCCUCUUCGCCGGCUACCACCAGAGCAAGGAAGAGGAAAGCAGCGCAGCCAUCCAGCGCCACACCUGCCACCAAGAGAGGCAGAGGAAGAGGGAGAGGAAGAGGAAGAGGAAGAGGAAGAGGACAGGGAAGGCGACAGGAGCCAGAGGGAAAUGGUCAGCCAUGGCAGGGGAUGGACGUGGAUGACAUCAUACCACCACAACCAUCAUUCAACCCCGCUCGCGCUCCAGGGCCCCAGGUCGUGGGGGGGGUGCAAUACACCAUACUGCAACUCUUCAUGCUCUUCAUGACAAGAAACACCCUACAGACAAUAGUAAAUCACUCUAACAUAUAUGGACAAAGGAACCACCCUCAUAGAUGGCAUCAGAUGUCCCUGGAGGAUCUGCUUUCAUAUAUUGGUAUGGUGAUUUACAUGGGCCUAGUUGGGGCCAAGUCUGUAAGGGACUACUGGGCGAAGAACGAACUUUACAAUUUCCCCUUCCCCACAUCUAUGUUGUCCGGGAGAAGAUUUGCAGCUGUCUCCAGCAUGCUGCAUAUUAGCCACCCAGACAGUGAUGCAGAGAAUGACAGGAGGAGGGGAACACAGGCCUACGAUCGUCUGUGCAAGAUCCGCCCUCUCUAUGACGAGAUUAGGACUGCGUGUAAAGCUCACUACCAUCCCCAACAACACAUUGCAGUGGAUGAAAGGAUGGUGAAAUCAAAAGCCCGCUCCAUCCUCCGCCAGUAUAUGAAAGACAAGCCCACUAAGUGGGGGUAUAAACUUUUUGUGCUGGCAGAUUCAUCAAACGGAUACACAUGGGACUUUUUUGUAUAUGAGGGGAGAAACAUGGCACUUCAAAAGGGGCUCAGCUAUGAUUCAGUCAUGAAUCUCGUGGACACGCGUGUGCUUGGCCAGGGCUAUAAGCUCUAUGUGGACAACUUCUAUACUAGCCCUACCCUGUUCAAGGACCUCCUGGCCGAGAAGGUAUGGGCUUGUGGAACAAUUAGAGAACAGCGAAUAGGCUACCCGAGAAGACGUCCAGGAGCUCUCACCUCUCAGUCACCACGUGGUACCAUCCGCUGGAUAAGAGAUGAUCCCGUUCUUUUUGUCCAGUGGAAGGACACGAGGGACGUCCGCUUGUGCUCCACAAUGCACACAGCCCACAACCCACAGACCACCGUUCAGAGGAGGGUCAGAGGGACAGAUGGCCGGUGGCAGCUGAAGUCCAUCCCUGCCCCACCAGCUGUCACUGAUUAUAACAAACAUAUGGGGGGAGUGGACCUCUCUGAUGCCAUGAUCGGGUUUUACAACACCGUUCACAAGACCAGGAAGUGGCACAGGACGUUCUUCUAUCACUUUCUGGACAUUGCCAUCGUGAACGCCUUUGUACUUCAUUCCUGUAUGGCAGCAGAGAGGCAUGAGACCCCCCUUACACAGAAGGCGUUCCGGGAGGCCCUGGUGUUGGAGCUGAAGGCAGCGGGGUCACCUUCAACUGGCCCUCCUCCAUCACCUGCUCCAGCUCCCCAAGGUGCACAUCACAAACUGAGGCACUACACGGAAGAUGGCACAGCAGGGAGGCGGAGGUGUGUGAACUGUUCCCUGAAGAGCACCACAGAGUGCACUUCAUGCCAGGUAGUGCUGUGCUUUACGGUGAAGAGGGACUGCUACAAUGAGUGGCAUACAAAGAACAAUUUGUAGGACUCCCCCCUCCCCCUCACUUCUCUUUCUCUCACUCACACACACACACACACACACACACACAC